UGUGGUUUUAAGAACUAAUUACUCUUCUCUCUCUCUGUCUCCGAAUCCCUCGCCUGUUCGCAGUGACUAGGCCGCCGAGUCUCCUGCUCGCGCUGCGGUGGUGCUCCGCUUGAUCUGGUGGUGCGCGGCGGUGCUCUGCUCUCUCCUCUCUCUCUCUCUCUCUCGUGCCUGUUGGCAGUGACCAACUAACAGACCUAUGUGUCUGCUCUCAUUUUUAAAGAAUCGUUCAUGUGUGGAUAAUCAUCCAUCCAAAAAAUAUACAUAACAAAUUUUUUUGGGUGAUGAGAUGAUCAGAGGCCAAAAAGUUUGAAAAUCUGUUGCUGCAAGGCCAUAGAACUCGGUUGUUGCAACUCUCAUGGCGACGACUUUACCCACUAAUGCUACCACCACCACCACCACCACAAGCAACAGAACGACGACAACCGUCUCUUCCAUGUUUCUAAAAUCGGUGUAUUUGCAUGAUUGGUGGCUGGUCAAAGCUAACAACAAAAGAUUGGCUGUGGGAGGUUUUGCUUAUAGAGGGAGUCAAGGAAUAAGGGGAUUUUACUCUGCAGCGAUUGCCAAGAGACAUGAUGCCACCACUCUUGAGACAAUAGAUGGCGUCACAAUUGUGAUAAGUGGUUUAAUAAACAGGUCUCGGACAUAUCAAAAUGGUUUUCCAUCUGAGAUUUGCAUUCCUUUCCUUCUUGGAUUUCCAUUCCACUGGGAAACAUACGCUUGUCAAUGUCUUGGGGAAGAGUCUACCAACAGAUGUGAUUCAUCAAAAACUGCGUUUGAUGAGUUUAAGAUGUCUCCAGGCGGUAGUGAGGAAAAGUUCCGACCAGUUUCUUUUUGUGAUCUUCCAGUGACUCGGAUACAUGAUCUUUGUAUGUCCACUACAGAUUCUGAGAAUUGUCUGCAAACAAGGAAAAUUUUUAAUGAGAUGUUGGGAAAAUUCAGUGGCAAUACAGCCAAGCAUACUGGAGCAUCGAUUUAUUCAAACAAGGAAAGUAUUAGUCCAGCAACUGGGAAUCCUGUGCGGAGUGAAACUCCAGUUAACUGUAAGCAGGCAAAGGUUAAGCAGAAGUGCAAAGUUGGUGAUCAAAUCCUAGAUACGAAGAAGACACACUCAGAAGAAUUUGAUAAAAUCGUUUCUCGAUCUAUGAAGAGUGUAGAAAUCACUAGCGUGACCAAAGGUGUUUUCACAAGAAGCAUGACUAGGUUGAGGAAUUCAAGAAAUAUGGCAGCUGAUCGUGUUUUAUCUAACUCUUUAAUGAAGCAUGGAACUAGUAUUCAGGCUUCUUCACCAAAAGCCAGUGGAAAGCAGCGAGGAAGCAUGAUAAUUGGUUCUUUUAAACGUGAACCAUUUAACAAGAUUAUCAAAAAAAAGAAGGCAUGAGGCUGAAGAAUCUGGAAAAAGACAAGAACUAUGAGGGGCUUUUGCAACCAAUUCUUGCUGUAACCGAAAACUUAUGGUGUAGUUUAAUGGAUUUUGGUCCUGUAAUGAAUGCUGCAAAUAAUGAAAGUAUGUGUAAGGCUAAUUUUGGGUGAAGUUUAGGUAGUUUGCCUUUGUUGUAUUGUCGUCUUCAUUUAUUGGUUCUUUUGAUUUUCUAGUUUGCUUCUACACAAAAUAUAUGUCUUCUCAUCAGUUGUAACUUGUAAGACUGAAAAGACUUGGGGCUUAGUUUAUGUUUCCACUCAUGUUUUGCGUAACAUUCAAGCUCUGUUAUUUAAACAGAAAAAUGCUGCAAAUAUUGGUGUGGUUUA